GUUGGGCCGCCCACGUGACUCCAGAAAGGCGGAGACAGGCGAGCUGGAGGGAGGACUGACAGGCCUCCCGGAGGGAGGUGAGGAGGGGGGCGAACUGAAUAAUUGAGGAGCUGUUCAGCAGCAGCGGCUGCCUCCUGCCUUCCUUUGCCUCCACCGCUCCGCAUCAUAGUGGGAGAGACAGAAUCUGGCGCUGUAAGUGCAGACGGCUAGCCACCAGUCCCUGCAGCGAGUUCAUCUCCUCCAGCUCUCCGACAUUCAUGCCCAGGAGAAGACUGCUUUGGGUCCCUCUGGACCUUUCCUAAAAAGAAGAUCCCCACUCACUAGAUGAGUUCCAGAAGCAUCCACUAAGGCUUCCAUAGCUCGCUUCUUUCAGUUGACCUUCACCGUAACCCCUCUCACACAGGAUGAGUGGCUUCCUUGCCUCCCUGGACCCCCGGCGGGUGCAGUGGGGGGCAGCCUGGUAUGCCAUGCACUCCAGGAUCCUGCGCACCAAACCAGUGGAGUCGAUGCUGGAGGGAACUGGGGCCACCACAACCCAUGGCACCAAGCUAGCCAAGGUGCUCACCACCAUGGACCUCAUCUCACUUGGCGUUGGCAGCUGCGUGGGCACAGGGAUGUACGUGGUGUCUGGUCUGGUGGCCAAGGAAAUGGCAGGACCUGGUGUCAUUGUGUCCUUCAUCAUUGCAGCUGUUGCAUCCAUAUUAUCAGGUGUCUGCUAUGCAGAGUUCGGAGUCCGUGUUCCCAAGACAACAGGGUCGGCCUACACCUACAGCUACGUCACUGUCGGAGAAUUCGUGGCAUUUUUCAUUGGCUGGAACCUGAUCCUGGAGUACCUGAUUGGCACUGCAGCCGGUGCCAGUGCUCUGAGCAGCAUGUUCGACUCCUUGGCAAACCACACCAUCAGCCGCUGGAUGGUGGACACUGUGGGAACCCUCAAUGGCCUAGGGAAAGGUGAAAAAUCAUACCCUGACCUUCUGGCUCUAGUAAUUGCUGUGAUUGUCACCAUCAUUGUUGCGCUGGGGGUGAAGAAUUCCGUGGGCUUCAACAACGUCCUCAACGUGCUGAAUCUGGCAGUAUGGGCAUUCAUCAUGAUUGCAGGCCUCUUCUUCAUCAAUGGGAAAUACUGGGCUGAGGGCCAGUUUUUGCCCCACGGCUGGUCAGGGGUGCUGCAAGGAGCAGCCACGUGUUUCUAUGCUUUCAUUGGCUUUGACAUCAUUGCCACCACUGGAGAGGAAGCCAAGAAUCCCAACACGUCCAUCCCUUAUGCCAUCACCGCCUCUUUGGUCAUCUGCCUGACAGCAUACGUAUCUGUGAGCAUAAUCUUAACUCUGAUGGUGCCAUUCUAUGCCAUCGACACGGAAUCCCCGCUCAUGGAGAUGUUUGUGGCUCAUGGGUUCUAUGCUGCAAAAUUCGUAGUAGCCAUUGGGUCAGUUGCAGGACUGACAGUCAGUUUGCUGGGCUCUCUCUUCCCAAUGCCAAGGGUCAUUUAUGCCAUGGCUGGUGAUGGGCUCCUUUUCAGGUUCCUGGCUCAUGUGAGCACCUACACAGAGACACCAGUGGUGGCCUGCAUUGUAUCGGGGUUCCUAGCAGCUCUCCUCUCGUUAUUAGUCAGCCUGAAAGACCUAAUAGAGAUGAUGUCCAUCGGCACACUCCUUGCCUACACCUUGGUCUCUGUCUGCGUCUUGCUCCUUCGAUACCAACCAGAGAGUGACAUUGAUGGUUUUGUCAAGUUCUUGUCCCAGGAGCACACAAAGAAGAAGGAGGGCAUCCUGGCGGACUGUGAGAAGGAAGUUUGUUCUCCUGUGAGUGAAGGGGAAGAGUUUUCUGGCCCAGCCACCAACACAUGCGGGGCCAAGAACCUACCAUCCCUGGGAGACAACGAGAUGCUCAUAGGCAAGUCGGACAAGUCCACCUACAAUGUGAACCACCCCAACUACGGCACUGUGGAUAUGACCACAGGCAUCGAAGCCGACGAAUCUGAAAACAUUUAUCUCAUCAAGUUAAAGAAGCUGAUAGGGCCCCGCUACUACACCAUGAGGAUCCGGCUGGGCCUUCCAGGCAAAAUGGACCGGCCCACAGCAGCUACAGGGCACACGGUGACCAUCUGCGUGCUCCUGCUCUUCAUCCUCAUGUUCAUCUUCUGCUCCUUCCUCAUAUUUGGUUCCGACCACAUCUCAGAGCGGAGCUGGUGGGCCAUCCUGUUGGUCGUUUUGAUGGUGCUGCUGAUUGGCGCCCUGGUGUUCGUGAUCCUGCAGCAACCAGAGAACCCCAAAAAGCUACCCUACAUGGCUCCCUGCCUCCCCUUCGUGCCUGCCUUUGCCAUGCUGGUGAACAUUUAUCUCAUGCUAAAGCUCUCCACCAUCACAUGGAUCCGGUUUGCAGUCUGGUGCUUUGUGGGUAUGCUCAUUUAUUUUGGGUAUGGCAUCUGGAACAGCACCCUGGAAAUCAGUGCUCGAGAAGAAGCCUUGCACCAAAGCACGUACCAGCGCUACGACGUGGAUGACCCUUUCUCGGUGGAGGAGGGUUUCUCCUACGCCACCGAAGGCGAAAGCCAGGAGAACUGGGGCGGGCCCGCCGAGGACAAAGGCUUCUAUUACCAACAGAUGUCAGAUGCUAAGGCAAACACCCGGACAAGUAGCAAAGCAAAGAGCAAAAGCAAACACAAACAGAACUCAGAGGCCCUGAUUGCAAAUGAUGAGUUAGAUUACUCUCCAGAGUAGGAGUAAACACACAGGAAACGUGUAGACACGAUGGUGAUUUCUUUUCAGUAACUUAACCUGUGGGCUAGAGGGUGAAAACAUUUUUUGGCUCUCAUUUCAAAACUCCAGCCUUCCCCCAGAGUCAGUCCCCAGUCACAGCCCUUCAUUUGCUACUUUUGCUCUUCAGGAUAGUUCUGCUGAAGGGUCUAACCUGGGUUUCGUCACCGAUUCCCUUGUAAAAAAAAAAAAAAAAAAAACUAA